CUUCAUUCGUAGAGCGCGGGUGAGUUCGGUUCUUAGUGGUACACUGGUCUCGAGGGAAUUCGAACUGUCACGCAAUCGACUGCACUCCUGACCUAACCUAUCCACCCGCAUUCCGUGAAUUGCGUUUGGCAAUUGGAGUGUAUCUACAUAAAAUAAAAUAUGGCUAGCUUAACGCAAAGUUCGGAUGGUCCUCUUGCUAAAUUAUCCGUGUUAGUGGCUGCUCCAGAGGAUGGUCUUCGUCUUCUCGUCUCAAUUCUCCUAGGGUUUCCAUUCGCCUUAAUCCACAGAUAUUCGAUUUAUGGAAAAGAUCCAACUACUCAACACUUAUUUUUUACUGUGUGCGGUCUAACGCUGGGCUACUGGAACUAUGCUUGGAGUGUAAGCCAUCUAAUAUUUGCACUAUGUGUAACUUACGCCUUCAUCAAAGUAUUUGGAAGUACAAAACAAUGCGUUAUAGCAGCAUUUUUGUUCAACAUGACUUACUUACUCUUAGGUUAUUAUAGUACAAGUACAGAAGAUUACGAUAUUAAAUGGACUAUGCCGCAGUGUGUGCUGACUCUUAGAUUAAUCGGCCUUACUUUCAAUGUGUGGGAUGGUUCGAAACCAAAUAGUGAUUUUGAUGAGCGUGAAGUUUGCUGUCUGAACGAAGUGAGAGCAGUAGUAAUGUGUAAAAAUCACGUAGCUCCCGUGUCAUUGGGCACGAUAUUUUUCCAACAUCUCUAA